AUGCUCUUCCCAGCUAACCUGAAGUGCCUCUCCCUGUCCUUAGGUGAGAAUGUGGGCAGCAAAGUGGAGUCCCCGAGGCUGCAGCUGUCCAAGGACCACUCCAAAGAUUAUGAGAUAACAAUUCCCUUCCUCCUGACUGGAGAGCAGUGGAGACCAGUGAAUGGCAUUUAUUCAGAGAACCACCCAGCACUGCUGCAGUUUGUAAUUCAAGCUGAAAAUAAACAUCUGGUCAUUGAUCUGGAGAGGAAUGAGGGCCUGCUGGCCAGAGGCUUCACAGAGACCCAUUACCUGCAGGAUGGCACUGACGUGGUUCUCACACGCAAUCUCACGGGUCACUGCUUUUACCAUGGCCACGUCCAGGGCUUCCCCAGCUCCUCCGUCAGCCUCAGCACCUGCUCGGGACUCAGGGGAAUUAUUGUGUUUGGAAACAAAAGCUACAUUCUGGAGCCAUUGGAAGGUGCUACAAGGGAACACAAGAUCUACCGAGCGGAGAACCUGAGAGCAGCCCCGGGCUCCUGUGGCCACCAGCUGCACAUCCCUGCCAUGGGGGCUGCUGCCACUGCCACAUCACAGCAUCCUCCAGCUGCCAGGUACAAGAGGGAGACUCUGAAGACAACGAAGUACGUGGAGCUCGUUAUUGUGGCGGAUAAUCGCGAGUUUCAGAGACAAGGCAAAGAUGUGGAUAAAAUUAAGCAGAGGCUGAUAGAAAUUGCAAACUACGUGGAUAAGUUCUACAGGCCCCUAAACAUCCGAGUGGCCCUGGUGGGAGUGGAGGUGUGGAAUGACAUGGACAAGUGCUCCAUCUCCCAGGACCCUUUCACCAGCCUGCACGAGUUCCUGGACUGGAGAAAGCUCAAGCUCCUCCCUCGGAAAGCCCACGACAAUGCCCAGCUGAUCAGCGGGGUGUACUUCCAGGGGACAACCAUUGGCAUGGCUCCCAUCAUGAGCAUGUGCACAGCAGAGCAGUCUGGAGGGGUCGUCAUGGAUCACUCAGAAAACCCUCUGGGUGCAGCAGUGACACUGGCUCACGAGCUGGGGCACAACUUUGGGAUGAAUCACGACACCCUGGAGAGGGGCUGCAGCUGCAGAGCUUCCACUGAGAAAGGGGGCUGCAUCAUGAACCCCUCCACUGGCUAUCCAUUCCCCAUGGUCUUCAGCAGCUGCAGCAGGAAGGACCUGGAAAACAGCCUGGAGAAAGGAGUGGGGAUGUGUCUCUUUAACCUGCCUGAGGUCAAGGAGUCCUUUGGUGGCCAGAAGUGUGGGAAUGGCUACGUGGAGGAUGGAGAGGAGUGUGACUGUGGGGAGCCUGAGGAAUGUACAAACCCGUGCUGCAAUGCAACCACCUGUGCCUUGAACCCAGGAGCAGUGUGUGCACAUGGGCUCUGCUGCGAGGACUGCCAGCUCAAAGCAGCAGGGAUUUCGUGCAGAGAGUCGAGCAAUUCCUGUGAUCUGCCCGAGUUCUGCACGGGGGCCAGCCCGCAGUGCCCGGCCAACGUUUACCUGCACGACGGGCACGCGUGCCACGGGGUGGAUGGCUACUGCUACAAUGGCAUCUGCCAGACCCACGAGCAGCAGUGCAUCACCCUCUGGGGCCCAGGUGCAAAACCCGCUCCUGGGAUCUGCUUUGAGAGAGUCAAUUCUGCUGGAGACCCUUACGGCAACUGCGGGAAGGACUCCAAGAGCUCCUUUGCCAAAUGUGAACCCAGGGAUGCGAAGUGUGGAAAGAUCCAGUGUCAAGGAGGAGCAAACCGACCCAUCAUUGGUACCAAUGCAGUUUCCAUAGAAACCAACAUCCCACUCCAGGAGGGGGGCAAGAUCCUGUGCCGUGGCACCCACGUGUAUCUGGGGGAUGAUAUGCCUGACCCUGGGCUGGUGCUGGCAGGAACCAAGUGUGGAGAUGGAAAAAUUUGCCUGAACCGGCGGUGCCAGAACACCAGUGUUUUUGGGGUCCAUAAAUGUGCCACCAAGUGCCAUGGACGGGGGGUCUGCAACAACAAAAAGAACUGCCACUGUGAGGCUGACUGGGCCCCCCCCUUCUGUGACAAGCCAGGCUUUGGUGGCAGCGUGGACAGUGGGCCCAUCAGACAGGCAGACAAUAAGAGCUUGACCAUAGGAGUGUUGAUAACCAUCCUGUGCCUUAUCUUUGCUGGAUCAAUCAUGUACCUCAAAAGGAAGACUUUCAUGAGGUGGUUGUUUACAAGCAAGAAGACAACAAUAGAGAAAUUAAGGUCUGUGAGUCCAGCAAGACCUUCCAGUUCAUCUGAGCCAAAUCAUGUUCAUACCGUAUGUGUUAGUAAAAACCUCAUUGUGAAGCCACAAAAUACAGCCAUACAAAAAAGGGAGGGCCCCAGGCGGCCGCUGCCGUAUCAGAUCAUCGACAUCAGCGACCCUGUGAAGACACACGAGGUGCCACCAUUAAAAACACCCCAGAGGGUCCUGCCACCCCUUCCCCAGCUGCCAGGACACCAAGCUGGGCCUGAGAGACCCCUGCCAGCUAAUCCUUCACUGAGGUUCACCCAGGAGCCCCCCAAGCCCAGCGCCCCUCGGAAGCCUCUCCCCGCGGACCCGCUGGGCCGAGCGCGCCAGGGCCCCGCCGGACGGCCCCGGGCUCUGCCCCACGCCAGCCCUGCCAGGCCUGCUCCCAAACAUCCACCACAGGUAUCCAGGUCCAGCAACACUAUGGAUGUGAAAUGA